CCUCAUGUACAAAGACUUGCGUGGAUUUCUGAGUAAAACUUUGCGGACGCCAAAAUUUGGAAAGCUGCUGCGCACAAAUAAAUCCGGAUGUAUCAAUCCUUGCGUAAGCACGAUUUCACGCAGAUUCUCUUUGUACAUCCCAAUUAACGUGAAAUUGUGCGCACGUGCACGAGCCCGACUCUCCGCCCAGUCUCCUCCCUCAUUUAAUAUGCUAAUUAGUAUAAACAGGCCUGCAGUAGUGCGCUUGUUAGGAGAAAGGAGAUAAUGGAUAAAGCAAGAAAGAAGAACUUUAGCGAAUGCGAGGUGGAAGUGCUGAUUUCGGAGGUAGAGGCCAGAAAUAAAAUCUUGUUUGGCUCUCUUUCCUCCGGAAUCAGCACUAAAACAAAAAAACUGGCGUGGGAAUCGGUAGCAAAAUCUGUUAAUGAGGUUGGGGCGGAAAGCCGAACUGUGGCGGAUAUAAAAAAAAAGUGGUCGGACAUAAAAGUUGAUGUCAAAAAAAAGGUCUCUGCCCACCGGAGAAGCGUGGGUCAGACGGGCAGCGGAGCCGGAGUCGGGGAGCUCGCCCUAUUCGAGCAGAGGGUGGCCGCAGUGCUGGGGGAUCGGCUCCUUUUUGGCGUGGUCCCGCCAGCCGAAGGGGAUUCCGACUUGGCCCAGGAUCCCACGGAAGACAGCCAAGGACCAAGUGGCGCACAGCUGAUGGUGCCAGAGGAAGACCCCCAGCCAGGCGUGUCCGGCGUCUCCGUCUCCACUGCCCAUUGCCCCCCUUCUGCUGCCAGUGGGAAAGGCCGGGUUUUAACUCGCGCUGUGCUGGACUCGCAGGAGGAGAUCGUUAAGGGAAUUCAGGAGAUGAAUUCGAACCUCAAAGAAAUAACGGAGGCCUUACAAGCAAUUAGUCUCACAUUCAAAGAACUAGUUAAAAAAUGAAUGUUGUCUCCGUUUACCUUUUUUAUAUUCUGCCUAUUAACUGCUGCCGGAUUCGAAUGGCCUCUACAUUGGGCUGCGCAUUGUUUGGUCCGG